AUGGUGUUAAUCGUGCGUGUCCGCCUCCGUUGUGUUGCAGUGGCUCCCUCGGCCGCCCUGCGCUGCUACCGCUGCGGAGAGUACACGGACGGUGUGGGCUCCAUCACGCCCUGCCUCAACUACACGGCGCAGAGGCACCUCAAGGAGUGCCCCCCAGAGGCCAACCACUGUGUGAAAUACGUCAGCGAAGCGAGCAUCGUCCGAGAGUGCGCUGACAAGUGCGUCGAAAAAGUAGAAUCAUGGGGCACGAACGUGUACUGCUGCGCGGAAGAUGCGUGCAACGGCGCCCCGGGCGCAGUUAAGAAGCCCGCCACCGCGGCUACGGGCGCUGCUGUCGCCGUGCUGGUGGCGCUCCUAGGGGCCGGCGCUGGGAGGCUGCUCAUCUAGGAGCCCGCGAAGCUACGGACGUCGGCACUCUGAACCAAGCGACGUUCAGCAGUCCGGCCAACCGAGAAAGCAGAUCUCCGCCAUGCCGGCAGCCGUGGCCACGUCUACUUACACCACAGGCGGCUGUCUUAACAUUUGCGCCGAAAUGCACAUGCCGUACGAGGUAGCCCAAAGAUUUAGUCACAGAGUGAGCUAGCACUGCGGUCCAAUUACUUAGAGCUGUCAGAAACUUGGCGCUCUUGCUACCGCCGGCACUACAACCCGUGAGAUCUGCUUCCUCUUUCUUGCUGGACGAGUCACACUAAUUUAAAUUUGGAUACAUAAUAUAUGAUCUUAAAUAUACCGUGAAAUAAAAGUAACUAUAUUUAAUAUCUAGAAAUGUGAGUGGUAUAAAAGAUGGCUUCCCAUUAUUUUUUAUCACUUUUCAAUUAGGAUUUGGUUUUUCUCUCUCAUUUAACCAUCACAAUAAAUAUAUUUUAUGGAGUCAUAGAACUGUUUUUCGAAAUUUUUAAAUGUUGAACUUUAAUUUUGUGGAUUCAUAACAGAAUUAGUACUGGCGUAUCUACCGAAAUCACCUAUAUUUCCGUAAUACACAGACUCUACUUUAAUUACAAGAUAUUACUUUUGUAACUUGUAUUUUAAAUAAUUAUUCCUUAUGUUUAACCUCCCUGUGAUUGUAAGGAAAUGUUCAUAUUCUAAUAACAGUCUAUCGUCUUGAAUGAUGCUGGAAUUUGUAUAUAUUUCACACUAAACCGUAAAGUAUCGUUAUAUUUAUGACUAUAGAUCGUGAUUUGUCAGAUCAUUUGCUGCUUUUAAUGCUAUAAUGCACUCAGAAUGUAUAAAUAUGUAACUUGUAAUUUUACCAUAAAUAAAGUAAUUGCAUCACAUUAAAAACUUAAGAUACUGUGAAGUACAUGACACGAAGGUAUAAGUAAGUAAAGCUUGAUACACUGCAGAAACUUGCUAUAAAACUGUUAUUUAAAAAGAAGUAAUUCGACCAAGUAGCAUCUUCUGUCUGUGUAUAGUUGAUGCCUGUAACUUUAUAUGAUUAGUGCAGAAUUGUGAUUUUUAUUCCUGGACAUUCAAUUUGCCAGCGGUGUAGUGGUAAAACACAUCAGUAAUCAGCAAGCGCUUCCACAUUACUCUGUGCAUCACUUUUCAGGUAAUUUGACGUGUAGCACUAAGGAAAGUGCACACUGGGAAUAUUCAUUCAUCAGCGUUUUUCAAAAAGCACUUGAGUUUAGUUGAUUCUUGUUUCAUAAGCUUUGAAAAUAUUUUUUGAUAAGAAUGGCUUGUUGUCAGAAUUAGUCUUUAAUUUUAAUUUGUGUAUUAUGCACAGUAUUAAAACUCUGAAAACACUGCAACAAUUCUAAAUAAAAUAUACAUAUAUAUUUUUCUGCUACAUAUCAGUGUCUAGGACAGCAUUAUAGAUAACUAUAACUUUCAUUUACUGAGAUAAUUUAUGAAAUUGUUUGCAAUGUAAUAGUCCUUGAACAUUUUUGGAGAACACUUACUAUUCCAAAAUGAUUUUGUGCUAAGCAGUGGUUAAAGAAUUAAAUGAGGAACUAAAACAACUGCUGAUUGUUAAUAACAGAUAUUUUAUGAAAAAUCUUAUGCAAUUUUGUUUUUAGUUGCUAACUUAUAUUAAAAUUAGCACUUGUGUUUGUACUGUGGUAUCUGCUACUCUGUUAUUAAAACAAAAACACCUAAAGAGCGUUAGUGUUUAUUGUAAAAAAUUAAUUUUCAAAUAUCUUAUGAACAUUCAAAUGAUUCAGAAUAUUUCAUUGAGAAAACAUAUUCUAAAUAACCUCAAAUUUAAUCACUAGUUUAGGAGAAAUCUUUUCAGAGAAAAUUAAUUUUGUUGCUAUGAAAUAUCAUAUAUAGGAUAAAGUAAUGAAAGACUUGACCAGUUAGAAACUAAUAAGUAUAAGUAAUGGGCUUUUUAUGUGCCGCUCUUAUUUAAGGUAUGCAUUAGUAAUACUUUUAGAAGAUUUUUAAGAAAGGACACAUAGAAGAAGUUUCACAGUUUUAAUUACGAUUUCUGGCGUUCCUCUUGUUUUUAUAAUAACAUCCAAAGCACCUGUACUAAUAUUCUUAUGUCCAUCUGUACUUGUAAUAUCGUUAGUAUUUUUUUAAGACGUCGCUAAGAGCGAUUUUCGGCAAUUUCAAGCUGUGGAUGCCAUCAAUAAGAGCCAUCGAGUUCUGCAUAACGAAUUAAUGUCUAACGUGUGUGGGGCCUUGGUAGUAUAUAAUGUGUUGAAGGUUCUGACAGUUCUUUUCUGAAUGCACUCAUGGAAAGCAUCUUUAUUAACAUGGAGAACCUAUUGCAGAACUGUCGGAUCCUCUCACAAUAGCUAUUUUAUUUUGUAAAGAUAACUCUGUACUUACACUAGAAUCUAUGAUCUGUUUCAUGUUCACUGUUUUUAGAUAAUAAAAUUAUUCGACUGUUUUCAGUA